GACUAGGGAGUACUGUUUAGGAACGGAAAGAAGGAGGAAGUUCAACAUUUUGCUAUAGGACCCAUUUUGCCAUUAUUUUGAGGGUUACUUCUUUUUUAGACCUCUUCCUUCUGAAUCAAUCUCUGGAAUUUCCCUUCAUUGCUCUCAGUUUCCUACUGUUUGGAAUUAGGGUUUCAAAUUCAAAGCUUUAGUUUCUAUUGUUUGUUUUUCAAUGGAAGACGAACCAGCGUUAUGGCAAUCAGAAUCCAAUUCAAUGACGUCUUCAAUGGUUGGUCGAGUAAUGAACACGCUGCUUACUUCUCGUCCGAAGAAACUUGAAGACGCCAUUGUUAAACUUGGCGAAGCUCCAAAAUCAACUCUUGCUGUGUCACUAGAUGAAUCCCUGCGCGUUUUGAACAAAUAUGUGAGAGAUUCUAUUGAUGAAGAGCGGCCAUUGGACGAAGUUCUCAUUCCUAUGAUUGAAAAUCUGUUGAGGUGCAAGGAUUCAAAGUAUCCCAAUCAAGCAAUGAUACUCUUGAACUGGCUCUUUCAAGAUGAAGCUCUUUUUUCGCCACUUGUAAAGGAUCUUGUCAAUAUUAUAUCAAGAAGGGGAGAUCGCUAUAUUGCACUUGGGUGGUGUAUACUUGUACGGUCUCUUGUGAAGUAUGAUACAAAAAUGACAAGCUUUUCAAAAAAUGGUUUAAGAUACAACUAUCAAGCUUUAUUGAAGAUUCUUUCGUCGAGUAUUGAGCAUCUUUCAGGGAUGGUAAAAAACGGUAGUGUGUUGCAGGAUGGGUUUGAAUUGCCAACUCGGCUGUCAGCAGUUGCUGCAGAUUGUAUAUUAGUCCUCACUGAAGCACUGACCCAAAAACUAGUGGAUUCUGGCAAUUUAAGUGAAAAGGGAGCGUACAAAUCUAAUUCAUCAGAUAAGCCAAUCAGAAUUGUCGAAGGGAAGCUGGCGGAGCAAAAGAAUAUGUCUUCUGAAGCCUCCAUCAGCAUUGAUGGAAGAUUGUUGCUCUGGCAAAAUUUGGAUCAACUCAUAAUUCUUGUUGAGAAACUUCAAUCUUGGAGCCAAAAGAGCCAGGCAUUACAUGGGAAAGGAUUGGGGCAAGUUCUUAAAUGGUUGCAGCAGAUAAAGAGUGAUGGCACUCGACUUGCGGGCCAUGAGACAGGCUCUCAGUUCCAAACAACUGGAGUGCUAAUACUCUCCUCCUGCUGGAAACAUUACAGUAUGCUAUCGCUUCUAGAAGACAUCGAGUUUUACCAGCGUUAUGAUGAAUUGGUAGAGCAGUAUUUAUCUGGAAUUGAGUUUUACUCAGAGGACAAUCUAAAGGAUCAUGUGGAGAACGGAGAUAGCCGUGUAGAGACAACAAAGUUUUUCUUGAAUUGUUUGGCCCUUCUAUUGGGUCGUCUGAACCAUAACAGGCUGGAAAAUACAACAUCUUUGUUUGGACAACGAAUCUCUCGGGUUCUUUUAUCACAGCUUCACUGUGCAAAUGAAGAUGUGGUACAUGUGGCAGUUUGCAUCUUUAGGUUUGUUAUCCUUAAGAUAGCUGGAAGUAGUCUCAAUAAUCCACCAGAUAGUAAGGAAUUAUUACUGCCACUGCUGGGCCUUCUGGAUGAGCGUGAUGGUGCUUCCAGAGCUGUUACUAUUCUGAUUGCUGACUUUUGCUCAAUAAGUGCGGAUGGUUGGUGCCUGGAUGAAAUUCUUAAGCGCUUAGCUUCUGGAAGCAUAUCUCAGAGGAGAAAUUCUGCUGAUGUUAUCUCGGAACUCAUCCCCUUGUCGUCAAAGUCAACAAAAGUGACUUCCAGUUCAUUCUGGCAAAAGAUAGCAAAUCAACUGUUGGAUUGCCUCAGAGAUGAAGAUAGUUUAAUACGUUCCCAGGCUACGAGUUUGCUUCCACUUAUAGAUCCAUCUUUAGUUUUGCCUGUUCUAGUUCGCUUUAUUUGUGCGACUGAUGGGAUUAUGAGAUCAGCUUCCAGCAAUGCAUUUGUCCAAGUUCUUAGGGUUCACGACACAAAGUUUGAGGUUAUCAGGAUGGUGCUCGACUCUCUAAGCAACCUCUCCAAUAACUUUGACCAUCAAGAGAGUUCUGGAGGCAUGAAGGAAGAUUCAUCCAAAUUUGACCUUGAUGAAGUGUUCAAGUUAAUUCCGGAGUGGUCAAAAACCGUUCUUGAUUGGAACUUGUUAGUAGGACAACUUGUAGACAAGAUGCUUUCUGAACCAACAAACGCAAUAAUUGUUAGAUUCUUAAGUUGCAUAAAUGAGCAUCUGGCAGACGCUGCAGAUCUUGUCCUUGGGAGACUUCUUGUGCAAUCUCAGAAACAGGAAGAGAUGCGUGGAUCAAUACAUGCUGCAGGACAGAAAAGGACUUGUGAGAAUGAUGACUCAGAUUGCGUGGAAAACAUGUUGUUUGAUCGCCUUUGCCCAUUGCUUAUAAUUAAGAUGCUUCCUCUGAGGGUUUUUGAUGAUUUCAACUGUAUGGCUAUGUAUGGUCAGACACUGAAACAAUGCGUUGCAAAUGGUACUGAAAAUCUUGAUGUCUGUAAUUAUGAGUGUGUUGCCACUUUCCUCUUUAACAGGGCAUUUCGUCAGUAUGAGUAUGAAGAUGUGAGAAAACUUGCUGCUGAACUCUGUGGUCGCAUCCAUCCCCAAAUUCUCUUCCCUGUCGCCCUUUCCCAGUUACAACGCACUGCGAAAAGUAAGGAUGCCGUGCAGAUGAAAGCGUGUCUGUUUUCUGUAUGCACCUCAUUAGCGAUUAGAGAGUGGGAUUCAGUCUCUCAUCCCGACGUAAGCAAUAUUAUAAGAACACUGGAAGCUGUACUAUUGUGGCCUUCUGUGGAUGGGGAUGAAGUUUCAAAGGUACAACAUGGAUGCAUUGACUGUCUAGCUCUGAUGAUAUGUGCGGAAUUGCAAGCUCCUAAAACAGCAAGUGGUUCAGCUGAGAAGUCUUAUACCCAGAGCGCCUUGGUCAUCCAUACUUCUGGAGCUUUUAUCUCAGGAAGCUCUGUGCUUGAAUAUGUCGUUGAUAAUUUGACUAAUGAUGAAGGAAAAACUGGUCUCGCCUCCAAAAUGGUUGAAGAUACUGCACCAGAGACUUGCAUAUCCAUCUCAUUUCGUUUGUGCAUGGCUAAUGUCCUCAUUAGCACUUGCCAAAAAAUACCAGAAUCUGUCAAAAAAGCUUUUGCACAGAAGACUCUUCCGCGUCUUAUUCGUUUGACUCAGCUCAUAGAGGAUGCAGAAAUCAGAGCUGCUUGUGUUCAGGUCCUGUUCUCAGCUGCAUGUCAUCUAAAGUUGAUGAUUGUUCCUUAUGCGCAUGAUCUUCUUAAAGUCUCAUUCACUUCUCUCAGAAAAGAAUCUCCACAGGAAAAAAUGGCAGGGGCCAGGCUGAUGGCAUCUCUCAUGGGCAGUGAUGAUGCGGUGAUAAAAAAGAUAUCAGGGAAAUUAGUGGAGGCAAGAUCCAUUUUGUUACAUGUAUCUACUUCCGAUUCUUCACCCCAUUUGAGACAAGUAUGCCAUAAACUUGUUGUAUGCUUGACUUGUUGAUAGAAAAUCUGUGUGCCCGUCGGUGCCUAUCAAGCUCUUUUUAUAAGUUUAUUCUUAUGCAGUUGCAAAUUAUUCUUCCCUAAAUUAAUUGAACGCUAGAGUACCUUGCAUAGCAAAAAAAAAAUCUUGUAAAAUAAGUGGGAGAAUAUUAAAUCAAUAAAUUGGAUAUGAAUCUUGAAAUUUAGAA